UGCGGCGCGUGCGCAGUGUUUCGGCGGCGAGCGGAAGAUGGCGGCGGCGGCGUCUGCGGAGAGGCGCUGCUGAGGGGGCGCGAGGGGGACGGAGGCCCGAGCCGCGGGAGCACCCGACGGCAGCCAUGGCGAGUGGCAGCGGGGACAGUGUCACCCGCCGGAGCGUGGCGUCACAGUUCUUCACACAAGAGGAGGGCCCAGGCAUAGAUGGCAUGACCACCUCCGAGAGGGUGGUGGAUCUCCUGAACCAGGCGGCACUGAUCACCAACGACUCGAAGAUCACGGUGCUCAGGCAGGUCCAGGAGCUGAUCAUCAACAAAGACCCCACACUGCUGGACAACUUCCUGGAUGAGAUCAUCGCUUUCCAAGCAGACAAGUCCAUCGAAGUGCGCAAGUUUGUCAUCGGCUUCAUUGAGGAGGCAUGCAAGCGGGACAUCGAACUACUGCUGAAGCUGAUCGCGAACCUCAACAUGCUGCUGAGGGACGAGAACGUGAACGUGGUGAAGAAGGCCAUCCUCACCAUGACCCAGCUCUACAAGGUGGCCCUGCAGUGGAUGGUGAAGUCACGGGUCAUCAGUGAGCUCCAGGAGGCCUGCUGGGACAUGGUGUCUGCCAUGGCCGGGGACAUCAUCCUGCUCUUGGACUCUGACAACGAUGGCAUCCGCACCCAUGCCAUCAAGUUUGUGGAGGGCCUCAUUGUCACCCUGUCGCCCCGCAUGGCUGACUCGGAGAUACCCAGACGUCAGGAAAAUGACAUCAGCCUGGACCGCAUCCCUCGUGACCACCCCUACAUCCAACACAAUGUGCUGUGGGAAGAGGGGAAGGCGGCCUUGGAGCAGCUGCUCAAGUUCAUGGUGCACCCCGCCAUCUCCUCCAUCAACCUGACCACAGCACUGGGCUCCCUCGCCAACAUCGCCCGCCAGAGACCCAUGUUCAUGUCCGAGGUGAUCCAAGCCUACGAGACCCUGCAUGCCAACCUCCCGCCGACGCUGGCCAAGUCUCAGGUGAGCAGCGUCCGCAAGAACCUCAAGUUGCACCUGCUGAGCGUGCUCAAGCACCCAGCCUCCCUGGAGUUCCAGGCCCAGAUCACCACCCUGCUGGUGGACCUGGGCACGCCGCAGGCCGAGAUCGCCCGCAACAUGCCCAGCAGCAAGGACGCCCGCAAGCGGCCCCGAGACGACUCGGAUUCUGCGCUGAAGAAGAUGAAGCUGGAGCCCAGCCUGGGGGAAGACGACGAGGACAAGGACUUAGAGCCAGGCCCAGCGGGGCCCUCCAAGGCCUCGGCCCAGCUCUCAGGCCAGUCAGACACGGACAUCACAGCCGAGUUCCUACAGCCCCUGCUGACGCCCGACAACGUGGCCAAUCUGGUCCUCAUCAGCAUGGUGUACCUGCCUGAGGCCAUGCCCGCCUCCUUCCAAGCCAUCUACACCCCCGUGGAGUCGGCCGGCACCGAAGCCCAGAUCAAGCACCUGGCUCGGCUCAUGGCCACACAGAUGACGGCCGCAGGACUGGGGCCUGGCGUGGAGCAGACCAAGCAGUGCAAGGAGGAGCCCAAGGAGGAGAAGGUGGUGAAGCCAGAGAGCGUCCUGAUCAAGCGGCGCCUGUCUGCUCAGGGCCAGGCCAUCUCGGUGGUGGGGUCCCUGAGCGCCAUGUCCCCCCUGGAGGAGGAGGUGCCCCAGGCCAAGAGGAGGCCGGAGCCUAUCAUCCCUGUGACGCAGCCUCGGCUGGCGGGCGCCGGUGGGCGUAAGAAAAUCUUCCGUCUGAGCGAUGUGCUGAAGCCCCUGACCGACGCCCAGGUUGAGGCCAUGAAGCUGAGCGCUGUGAAGCGGAUCCUGCGGGCCGAGAAGGCCGUGGCCUGCAGUGGGGCGGCCCAGGUGCGUGUGAAGAUCCUGGCCAGCCUGGUGACACAGUUUGACUCGGGGCUGAAGGCCGAGGUGCUGGCCUUCAUCCUGGAGGAUGUGCGGGCCCGCCUGGACCUGGCCUUCGCCUGGCUCUACCAGGAGUACAACGCCUACCUGGCAGCUGGCGCCUCGGGCACCCUGGACAAGUACGAGGACUGCCUCAUCCGCCUGCUCUCCGGCCUUCAGGAGAAACCGGACCAGAAGGAUGGGAUCUUCACCAAGGUUGUGCUGGAGGCGCCGCUGAUCACCGAGAGCGCCCUGGAGGUGAUCCGCAAGUACUGCGAGGACGAGAGUCGCACCUACCUGGGCAUGUCCACCCUCCGAGACCUGAUCUUCAAGCGCCCGUCCCGUCAGUUCCAGUACCUGCAUGUCCUCCUGGACCUGAGCUCCCAUGAGAAGGACAAGGUGCGCUCCCAGGCCCUGCUGUUCAUCAAGCGCAUGUACGAGAAGGAGCAGCUGCGGGAGUACGUGGAGAAGUUCGCCCUCAACUACCUGCAGCUGCUGGUGCACCCCAACCCGCCCUCGGUGCUCUUCGGGGCCGACAAGGACACAGAGGUGGCGGCGCCCUGGACCGAGGAGACGGUGAAGCAGUGCCUGCACCUCUACCUGGCCCUCUUGCCUCACAACCACAAGCUGAUCCACGAGCUGGCCGCUGUGUACACCGAGGCCAUCGCCGACAUCAAGCGCACGGUGCUGAGGGUCAUCGAGCAGCCGAUUCGAGGGAUGGGCAUGAACUCCCCCGAGCUGCUGCUGCUGGUGGAGCACUGCCCCAAGGGCGCCGAGACGCUGGUCACCCGAUGUCUGCACAGCCUCACAGACAAAGUCCCGCCCUCCCCGGAGCUGGUGAAGCGGGUCCGCGACCUGUACCACAAGCGGCUGCCGGACGUGCGCUUCCUCAUCCCUGUGCUGAAUGGGCUGGAGAAGAAGGAGGUGAUCCAGGCCCUGCCUAAGCUCAUCAAGCUCAACCCCAUCGUGGUGAAGGAGGUCUUCAACCGCCUGCUGGGCACCCAGCACGGUGAGGGGAACUCGGCCCUAUCCCCCCUGAACCCCGGAGAGCUCCUCAUCGCGUUACACAACAUCGACUCGGUGAAGUGUGACAUGAAGUCCAUCAUCAAAGCCACCAACCUGUGCUUUGCGGAGCGGAACGUGUACACGUCGGAGGUGCUGGCCGUGGUGAUGCAGCAGCUGAUGGAGCAGAGCCCCCUGCCCAUGCUGCUCAUGAGGACCGUCAUCCAGUCCCUGACCAUGUACCCCCGCCUGGGGGGCUUCGUCAUGAACAUCCUGUCCCGCCUCAUCAUGAAGCAGGUCUGGAAGUACCCCAAGGUGUGGGAGGGCUUCAUCAAGUGCUGCCAGCGCACCAAGCCCCAGAGCUUCCAAGUCAUCCUGCAGCUGCCGCCCCAGCAGCUGGGGGCCGUCUUUGACAAGUGUCCGGAGCUCCGGGAGCCCCUGCUGGCCCACGUCCGCUCCUUCACCCCCCACCAGCAAGCGCACAUCCCCAACUCCAUCAUGGCCAUCCUGGAGGCCAGCGGCAAGCAGGAGCCAGAGGCUAAGGAGGCGCCCGCGGGGCCCAUGGAGGAGGAUGACCUGGAGCCCCUGGCCCUGGCCCCGGCUCCCGCCCCGGCCCCGGCCCCGGCCCCGGCCCCGGCCGCAGCCCCGCGGCCCGCUCAGGACCUCAUCGGCCUGCGGCUGGCUCAGGAGAAGGCCCUGAAGCGGCAGCUGGAGGAGGAGCAGAAGCUGAAGCCCGGGGGCGUGGGCGCCUCCGCCCCAUCUUCCACCUCCUCGUCGUCCUCCUCGUCCUCAUCCUCCUCCUCCUCCUCCUCCUCCUCCUCCUCCUCCUCGGCCCGGCCGGGCCCUCCCCCGGCGGAAGAAGCCAUAGAUUUCCGGGACGAGGGGCCCGAGUGCGAGACCCCCGGCAUCUUCAUCAGCGUGGAUGGGGACUCGGGGCUGAGUGAGGCCGCGCUGCUGGACUCCAGCCUCGAGGGGCCCCUGCCCAAGGAGGCGGCGGCCAGCGGGAAGGAGGAGCGGAGCCCCCAGGCCCUCGCCCCUGCAGCCGACGAGGCCGUGAAGACCCCCAGCCCUGCCGCCGAGGAAGCGGGGGAGCCCGAGGCCAAGGGGCACAGCUGACGGGG